GCUAAGGAUGAUGAGAAAGACAGCUAAGAACCCAUAAAUGUCCCUUGAACGCAUCCAUGUAAUGUAAACAAGAAAAAAUGCUCUGGUUUGUUCUCCCCCCAGUAGCAAGUAAAAACAAACAACGAGCAACCAGAAUUCAUCAUGCAAACUGUCCCUUUCAGUCUCUGUGUCACAAAUGGCUUUAAGUCUCUCCGAUCUCUCCCCUAGGUUUUCUUGCCCACUCAAGAUGCCAAAACUUAAUGCCUUUCUCCUGUCCAUCUUUAAAUAGAUCCCAAGUAUCAUCCUUCCAUUCGUAGGGCUGGUGCGGUGCCCUCCCUCUUUAAUUCUCUCUUCCAAGUUCCAAGUGAUGAGCUUGCAGUGGUCCAGUCAGUUUUGCCAUUCUGGAAAGGCUUUAAACCUUUAUAUUUUCUCAGCUUUGGCACUUCAUCAUUGUACUUGGAAUGACUUUAGGGCUUCUAACUGUAACCUUCACUAAGCGCAUGCAUGUGGCUGUCAGGUGAAAUAAAACUGUUUGUGAGUAUACUGAUGAUGAGCCAAAAUCAUGGAAUUCUAGGGUGAUUUGGAAGUUGGGAUUCUAUAAUCGGAGAAAUCGUAAUUUACUCCUCUCAUAUCAUGUAGAGUGGGAGACCAUAGUGAAGAAUAACCAAUCCUGAAAGUGGACUCUAACCUCUAACAAACUCGAUUAGACAACUAAAUAAAUUCUUAAGCUAAUUCUUAACUCUGCUGUUGGUAAAUUGACACAGUUCAAUGGUAAACUUUUAACGAAAAUGUAUCAUAACAUAAAAGUGGUAUGUGUAGAUGCAGAUUGGGGGAAUAGGUACUCAAAAGUGGAAGAAUGGCUUAAAUGUGGGUAAAUUGUAUGGUACAACACAAUAAAGGUUUUCAUCAAAUACAGCAAAGUUUUCCAUUAAUGUUCCCUUAGCUGCAUGCAAUUGCAUAGGUACAGCCAAGGACUUGAAAAGUUCAUAACCUCAGGCGACUGGCUUCAACUACCACACAUUAACAUCACAGUACACAAGGUCCUGAAAAACCUCCAUGAUUUUUGUGGCCAUUUUUUGAAGAAUUGGUAGAAAAAUCCAAGCAGUGUGGGGCUUUCUCUGUCUCUCUCUUGAAUGUAAAAAGCAGCCGAGCUUUUCAUUUCCAACUGCUACGAAGUUAGAAAGAAGCCAAAUUCGUGAAGCAGGGAAGGCUUAUUGGUUUCAAACCCAAACUCCUCCACCCUUCACUUCCUGACAAGAAGCACUUGCGACUGCAUCUUACUGCUGCUGCUUUCAUUGCUCCUUUGGUUGUCUGUCUUCUUCCAAACAGCACAAUUCACAAUCAAUUCUUCACCAGAAAGAAUCUCUCUUCUCUCUUCUUCUUAUCUUGUCAAAGUUUACACUUGUACCGCUCUUGAGUCUCACAUGCACUAUCCUUAAGCAACCGAAAAAGAUUAAAAAGACUGAAUCUUUUUGUUUUUUUUGCCCUCCAUUGUAUAUCAAUCAUAAUCAGUCAACAAAGCUCCAAAUUUGUAUUAUUCAUUCAUUCCAUCAUCCUUUCUUGGCCACAUUCUGCCUUACCCAUUUCCAGGCGCCCUUUGGAUUCCACACAUUGGCCACUAAAUAGGCUGAAUUACCCAGAAAUGUGUGCCACUGGGUUAAAGCUUUAGGCUUUGAGACUUCAAUUUUGGAGUAUUUUUCUCUCAUGAAAUGGGUUUGCUCAAGCUUUCCUGGGUGGUUUGUUUGCUUUCGAUAUUGGGCUAUAGAUCUCUUCUCUGUUGUGAUGCUGCUGAUGUGUCUCUCAAGUUCUUGAAGGCUCCACAUGAGUUUUCUCAGUUGAGCAGAGCUACAUUUGAGUUCCUAGCAUUUCUGGGUGAGAAUGAGAGUGCUGCUUGUGUUAACUGUACUUUCAGUUGCAAGCUUGAUGGCGGCAAACCUACAGAUUGUGGAUCCAGGAAGGUUUACUAUGCAGGGUUGGAAGAUGGCAACCAUGGGUUUGAAGUCUGCAGCAGUAAUGGAAGCUCUUCAGUCGUCUGUGCUGACUACAACUGGACUGUUGACACCGUCUCUCCAAGUGCUUCCAUUGUUGCAUCAUCAUCGUUCACAAAUUCCAUAAACGUUUCUGUAAAUAUCACUUUCACCGAGCCCUGCACCGGAGGAGCAGGUUUUCGAUGUGCAUCAGCGGACUCUUGCGAUCUGCUAGUAUAUGGUGCUGGCCAAGUGAUGCCAUCUUCCUUCACCGUUCUUGAACCAAACCUCAAGUAUUCUCUUAUGGUGACCUUGUCGCGUAGCGUUGUAUACGGGCGAGUUGUCUUGGUAAUGAACAAGAACUUCUGUACUGAUAAUGCUGGAAACAUGUUUACCAGAACAGAGAAUUCUAGUUACUUUCUUCGAUUUGAUAGGAGGAGUGUGUUUGUUGACAUGAGAACUCGAAUUCCUGAAAGGUUACUUCAACUCCAAGGCGAAACCAGGACGGUUCAAGCAACUAACAGCUAUGAUAACCUCAAGUUGUAUCUUUACUUCUCGGAGCCUAUCCUCAAUUCAUCAACUGAAGUGCUGAAUUCUCUUAAUGCAAGUGGAGGCUCACUGCUUCCAUUAAGUGGAGAAAGCCUUGGCAACCGUAGAUUUGGUUUCGAGGUUGUAAAUGUUUCUGCCAUUUCUAUUGUUACAGUUGCAAUGCAUUCGGACUCGAUUAUAAGCAGACCGGGGACUCCAGUCUCUCCUAUUGCACCAGCCACCUUUCUUUAUGAUUCUGAGAAGCCUGCUGUGAGGCUAAGCACAACAUCCAACACAAGGACAAGGGAACACAACCUUCUGGUGUCGAUAAAGUUCAUGAAACCAGUAUUUGGUUUCAACUCUUCUUUUCUAUCGAUCUCUGGAGGGCAUUUGCAGAGCUUCCAUGAAUUAAGUAGGAGCAGCUACAUUACAGAGGUACAAGCUGAUGGCGACACAGUAUCAGUUAGUGUUCCUGGCAAUAUCACUUCUGAUAUUGCUGGAAACAAGAAUCUCCCAUCCAAUGUUCUACAAGUGAGGCACUAUUCCGUACCUAGAAUCUCGUGCAUAGUAUCCACAUUUUCAACUGCUUGCUUCAUUGCUACAUGUCUAGUUGCUGGACUGCUCACUCUGUCAACAGCUAGCCUUCAGGCCAUUGGAGCAUUUUCAAGGCCAUCUCCCCUCCUGACUUCCGAGCCAACAAGGAAUCUUUUCAGAAUUGCAUGCUACGUUCAGAUCUUCGCACUCUCUAGGUGGUUGGCUGUCACACUCCCAGUCGAAUAUUAUGAAGUCUCAAGAGGCUUAAGAUGGAGUGUUCCAUACUUCACACUACCCUGGGAAACCGGGAGUAUUCACUCAGUAACUCUACAACCAAAUUCAUCCGCUGUUGUUCCGCAUUCUUCUGCCAUUUCUACAUUCCAUAAUCCAGAAAUCCCCAAGCAAAUGUAUAUGGAAAAGGAAAGAUUGAGCAUGGCUGCUUCAGUAUAUGGAUUGCCACUUACUCCAAUGGAGUACAAAUUCUUUUUCGAGAGCCAGGACAUGAAACCAGAAGCAGAGUUUAUCAUGGAAACUCAGCCUUCCAAUGGGUGGAAAGAUUUUAAUAGAAGUAUGUUCUGGUUAGCAGUAAUCUGUGGUGGUCUAGUAUUGCUGCAUGCCAUAGCACUCCUGAUUCUCAAGUACAAGAAGAGAGAAGAAGAAUCUCAAAAGCACAGCAACAAUGGCGCAUUGGUAUUUCCAAGAUUUGAAAUAUUUCUUCUGGUUCUCGUGUUGCCUUGCAUCUGUAAGGCCUCUGCAGGGUUGGUGAAAGGUAAAACGGUUUCAGGCACUAUAGUCGGGAGUCUACUGCUUUCAGCAGUUGGCAUGUUGCUUCUAGCCUUGCUAUUAUUCCUCUCCAUUGGGAUCACUCUAGGGAAGCUACUCCAGUACAAGGAAGUCCAUCAAGUAGGCCAGAUCUUCCACUGGUAUCAGGAACUGGUUCGCGUCACAUUAGGCCCAGGGAAGAGAGGCCAAUGGACAUGGAAAGAUCAGCCAAUCAACUCAGCCCAGCUAACGAAGCUCGGUCCUUUGUUCGAAGACCUCAGAGGCCCACCGAAGUACAUGCUUUCCCAGAUAGGAGUGGCCAGCAGCAAGUACAGGGACAGAAUCAUUGCAUCAGACGACGAGACAGAAGAUGCAGAAGCACCCUUCAUUCAGAAACUCUUUGGAAUUCUCAGGAUCUACUACACAUUGCUCGAAUCCAUCAAAAGAGUCGCUCUGGGGUUCAUCGCUGGUUCAUAUGCCAACACCUGGUCUUCCAAAACCCCGAGCACCGUCUUACUCUGCAUCACUGCUUUCCAGCUCUUCUUUGUGGUUCUGAAGAAGCCAUUCAUCAAGAAGAAAGUGCAGCUAGUCGAGAUCAUCUCCCUUUCCUGCCAAGUCCUGACUUUCACCACGUGUUUGAUUCUCUCAAAGAUGGAACCUUUAUCGACAAGGAACGAAACCCGUGUUGGGAUCUUUAUGGUUGCGAUGUUCUUGACCGGUUUCUUGGCUCAUACGGCAAAUAAAUGGUAUGCCUUGUACAGACAGACGAAAAAUCUGGACCCAGCGGUGAAGUCGUUCUCUGCAGGUUUGAAGAUGGCAGCAGUUGGGUUGCUGGUUUUCUUGGGGACCAAGAAGAUGUGCGCUGGCUUGCUCUCCAAGCUACCGAAGAAAGACAGAGAGACAGGUGGUGGGGAAACGGCUCGGACGUCGUCGGCUGAAAGGGACAAGAACUCGGGAAGCUCGGGGACUCCAAUGGUGGAUAAACCGUGGAUGAGACAGCUGAGAGAAAUGGCGAAGGCGAGUUUCACGAGAGAAGGAAGCGCAGGUGGCAGAGGUUUAAGUGUUCCGACGGAUCCUUCCAGCAGUAGGACCAAAUGGAGUGGGUUAUGGGGCAGUAAGAAGAGCGAGAGCUCGUCUCAACAAUCCUCUGCUGAUUUCAAGUCUAGACCAAACCGCUUGUACAAAGAUUUAGAAGCCAUUUUUGCAUCUAAAUGAUGUAUUUUCUUUCCUUACUUUCUUAAUAAACGAGAGUGUGAAGGUUUUAACAGGGAAUGCAGACAAUCAAUUCCUUAGAUCAGUCUUUCUUCAAAUUGGAACAUAACACUUAAUAACCUUAAGUAAUCACC